AUGAGCCGGGGGAGGUGGCUCCGCGGAGCGCAGCGCCCGCCGACGGCUAUAAAACCCUCCGGGCCCGGGGCGGGCAGGGCCAGGCGGGUGGUUACGGACCGGCGGAGGAUGGAGGGCGGCUGCCCCCGACCGCCCUCGGCGGCGGCGCUGCCCCCCCGGGGGUACUCGACCCUCUCCUCCUCCUCCUCCUCCUCCUCCUCCUCUUCCUCCCGGUGCGGGGCGCGGCCCGUCCCUGCCCUAACGGUCCUGCCCUCGCCACGCAGGUCCGCGCCCUUCUGGAGGCCGUGGGUGCCCGCGCAGAGCGAGGCCGGCCGGAGGAGCGGCCCCGGCGCGCCUCACGGCCCCUGCGGGCUGGUGGGAGCCUCCCGAAAACUGGCGCAGUACACGCACCCCGUCAGACUGUUUUGGCCCAAAUCAAGGUGCUAUGAUUACUUAUAUCAGGAAGCUGAAGCACUUCUGAAAAACUUUCCAGUUCAAGCUACAAUUUCCUUUUAUGAAGACUCAGAUAGCGAAGAUGAUGAUGAUGAACUGGAACAAGAGUCAAGAACAGAAUCAGACUGCUGAUUGCAGGAAAGGCCAAUGCAACUUUUAAGACUUAAUUUAUACUUAAUAUAAAAAUGUAUUAUAGUAUUUUUAAAGAUAAUUUAUUUGUAUGUAAGUUAUUCUUAAUAAAACUGA